UCUUGAGCAGACCAUUCCUUUUGAAAUUCCCAAACUUCCAUCGAGCACAACCCUCAUGACUGGCCCCUUUGUUCCUACAAGUGAUGAUCAAACCAUAACUGUCUGUUUCACUUUAUUCGGUGCAUGGUUUUCAAACACCAGCAUCCCAUCUUUGUACUUCCCCUCACCUUUUUGUAUAAUUUGAUUGACCCAGCAACGCUUUUGCAUGACAUGCAAUAUGUUUCUUCUCUACGCUGGUCAUAAACGUACGUUGGUGGCGGAACAGACACUUCACCUGCACGCUCCCAUAUUUAUUGUACUCACCUGUUUCGCAUUCCUUCUCCUUUUCAACUGAGGAAAACCGUGGAGACCCCUUGAAGUUCCUUUUAACGGGAAAAGAAAAAUCAGAAACCUCGCAGAUGAAUGAGGAUGUUUUAAAGUCUAUGCUUUGGUGGGUUUAGAAACAAAACCGAAUCUUGAAAGAACUUACAGUAAUUCGCCAAGGGAAGCAGUUUCGAGACUCGGGGCGGAUGACGAUGGAUCUGACGUCAGCUCUCUUAGGUGUUGUCAUGAUUCUGAGUGUUCUGAGUGAGGUUGACGUGAUGUGCAUCAUGGCACAGAAGGAUUUCAUCAGUUGGGAUGAUAUGAGAGUGAACGAGCAUGAGUACAGAAACAUGAUCCGAGAGGAGUCGUAUUCGAAAAAGGGUCAGUCUAAUCGAAGCGGAGUGAUCCUCGUCGACAAGAACGGCCGUGGCGAUUCCAUCACAGUUCAAGGAGCGGUCAACAUGGUUCCAGAUAACAACUCGCAGAGAGUGAAGAUUCUCAUUCUUGCAGGAACUUACAGAGAGAAGGUUCAUGUGCCAAGUUCCAAGCCAUACAUUUCCUUCAUUGGAGAUGAAGAUCAAAACUCCAAAACCAGAAUCACCUGGCAUGACAAAGCUUCUGACAAGCAAGCCGAUGGCUGUGAACUGGGAACCUACAGAUCAGCCUCCGUGACUGUAGAAUCUGAUUUCUUCUGUGCAUCUGGAAUCACCUUCGAGAAUACAGUGGUUGCAGUCCCAGGGGGUUAUGGAAUGCAAGCAGUGGCUCUGAGAGUCUCAGGAGAUAAAGCCAUGUUCUACAGAGUCAGGGUGUUGGGGACGCAGGACACACUCCUAGAUGACACUGGCUCCCAUUACUUCUAUCAGUGUUACAUCCAGGGAAGUGUGGACUUCAUCUUUGGCAGAUCAACAUCGCUUUAUGAGGAGUGCGUCAUUCACUCAACGGCGACGAAUUUUGGGGCAAUCGCAGCUCAUCACAGGGAUUCGCCGAGCGAUGAUUCGGGGUUUUCCUUUGUCAAUUGUGUCAUCAAUGGAACCGGCAACAUCUACUUGGGGAGAGCAUGGGGAGACUAUUCGAGAGCAGUGUACUCCUACUGUUACAUGGAUAACAUCAUAACUCCACCGGGAUGGAGCGACUGGAACCACCCUUACAGGCAAAAGACCGUGGUGUUCGGGGAGUACCAGUGCAGAGGCAGAGGGGCUGACAAAAGUGGACGAGUGCCGUGGUCGAAAACUUUCAGUCACGAGGAAGCGAGACCAUUCCUGGAUAAGAAAUUUAUUCAAGGAGAGCGAUGGCUUAGACUCUGAAAUUCUUCAGGGCCUUCUUUCGAGCGUGUAUCCUCGGGCAACACGGGCAAUUUUGAGGAGUUCCUUCUCUCUUCCACAUUCUGUUUAUAUGAUUAGGUAGGUUAAUGCUGAUGUAAAGGUUAAGUGGGUGUGUGCUUCCGGUGGCCCAAGUGGUCACUGACCAUAUAUAUAUACAGUGUAGUAGCCAAGAUACCCUUAAUGAAAGUUCUGAUAAAUUGUUCCUUCUCUUAUCUUGGAUUAUAAGCGGAAGACAUAUUAAAAAGCGAACCAAACAGAACUGAGGAACUUACGUCUGCUAGAAAGGAAUAAAAAGUCGGGCCCCAAAGAAAGGAAUGAACCAACUAGCAUCUUUCCACAUGUAAGAUUUUUGGACUCCGA